AUCAGCCACAAACAUCAGCCACAAACAAUGCCUCGGAAACAACACCUCGGAAACUUCCUCCCAUCUAGUGCGCGGCCACAGCUCCCCUGUACCGAACGUCGCAGCACCUAUCCUCACCAUCAGCAACGCUUCCUCACCUCCGGUUGUGUUGUUGGCGUGUUGCACCGCAUUCGGCCUGCCCGCCACAAUUGUCGUACACAUUCGGGCCCCUCUUCUGCUUUGCUUCGCCUUGUUCUUGCCCCUGCUUGUCACACUGUCGCCCGGCCAUUGUUUUGCUGCACGCCGUUGCAUUACGCUAGUGCUCGUCUCCACAGCUCAUCCGUGGACGUCGGUCGACUGCCUGCAGAUCGCGAAGGCCAAGCAAGUGGAACCUCGCAACUCUCGCCUGCCCGCGUUUGCAUCGCCUGCGCACACAGCCCCAACCGGCGCCAUGGCGCCCCUAGGUGCCGCCCUGGUGGGCACUGGCAUCUUCGCGCGCGACGUGUACAAGACAGCUUUCAAGUCUCGUGCCGGCGACGUGGAGCUGAGGGCCGUGUGGUCGCGCACUGCCGACAGCGCUCGGGCGUAUGUGGAGGAGCUGUUCCCCGGCGGCUCCCCGGUAGCCCUGUCGGGCGAGGAGGGCCUGCAGGCGCUCAUUGCAGACCCCGCCAUUGAGCUGGUGGUGGUGGUGCUACCGGUGCAGCCCUCGCUGCCAGUCGUGGAGCGGCUGCUGGCGGCCGGCAAGGCGGUGGUGCAGGAGAAGCCGGUGGGUCCCAGUGUGGAGGAGGCGGCGGCCGCCAUUGCCCGCUACCGCGCGGCGGUGGCGGCGGCGGCCUCGCCCGCGGCGGCGCCGGUGUGGAUGUUCGCGGAGAACUACCGCUGGGAGGCUGUGUUCCUGGCGGCGGCCGCGCGUGUGGCCGCCGGCGUGCUGGGCGCCGUCAUCAAGCUGGACCUGGUGGCGGACUUGCCCAUGGACGCCAGGAACAGGUACUACGGCAGCGCCUGGCGGCGGGACACGGCGCAGUGCCCGGGCGGCUUCUUCACCGACAGCUCCGUGCACUUCGUGGCGGCGCUACGGAUGCUGGCGGCGGCGGCAGGCGCCGGCGAGGCGACCAGCGUCAGCGCACACGCCGUUCAGGUCAAGCCCGACCUGUCCUUCCCUGACUCGGUGGUGGGAGUGGCCACCUUCGCCAGCGGCGUGCCCGCCUCCAUCUCCAUCUCCCUAGCAGCACACCAGGUGCGCUGGUCGCUUAGUGUGGUGGGCACCGAGGGCAGCCUGGAGGUGUCGCGCGGCGGCUGGGGGGGCUCACGCGGCGAGUACACGCUCAACAUCAAGACCAGCGGCCCACUGCCGGAGGGAGCCAAGCCCGCGUCCGAGGCGGACCCGACCUGGCAGAAGCUGGCAUUUCCCUUCAGCGGCUGCCCGGACGAGUUUGCCGAGUUCGUGGAGACCACCCGCGGGCUGCGGCACGGCAGCGGCAUCUCCACCACAGGCGGCGGCAGCGGCAGCGGUGCAGGCGGCGGCUCGGCGGCUGUGGCGGCUGCGGUGCCUGGCCCUGAGGCUGCCAGCAGUCCGGAGCAGGGUGCGCGGGACCUGGCGCUGAUUGAGGCGUUGCUGAGCUCGGCGGCUGAGAAGGGGAAGCCGGUGCCGGUGCGGCAGGUGUGAAGGCGUGCGGGGUGGCUUGCUGGUGGGUGCUGGUGUGAUGGAUGGCUUGAUGUGGUGAGGGUCAGGCAGGGGUCUGAGGAGUGAGGUGGUGGUCAGCAUGCGCCGGCGAGCUUGUAAGAGUUGGCGGCCCGUGUUUACACAGGGUUCGCAUAGACGUGACAACAGGAGACAUUUGCGGUGCUGUUUCCAGGAUCGUCAGGGCCGCAGCCUUGCCAUGCCUGAGCUGCCUAGCGCAAAGUACACAUGAGGUCUAGCGGGUGUGAGGGUGUGCCGGCAUUGAGCUGGGCUGCGGAGUGGGCGCCUACCGCAGAAGGUGUAGCGUAUUGUUUGGGGCUGCAGCAGGGAGCGUAGCCUGUAACCUGUAGACUCGUGGUGUCUUGUGCUGGGAGCAGACCCCGCGACAACUUUGGGCUGCGGCAGUUGGAUGGUGACUCAAUGGCUGCCACACAUGGAUACCGUAUGAAGUGGAGUAGCUGGAAGGUAGCUGGCCGGUGGUGGAUGGAGGGCAGCGGCUGAGCUGCAACCUGCGGGCCAUGCUGGUGUCAUUGAGCAGACCUCGCGACAACGCACAGCUGCCCCACGCAGACAACCCGGACGCACAUGCCUUUCAGGGAUGCAGUCCUGAUUCCUGAAGGCCAAUGAAGGCGUGCCAGCUGCGCACCUUGUCCCUUCUGCCUCAGAGGGUGCCGCUCGGGUUGAUUGUUUGGCAUGGGCCCGCUUGCCUAGGUGUUUGGGAUGGGGUGCCGAAUGGAAACUGCAGGGCAACCUUGCAUACGGCACCGUUCAGGGAACGCUAUGGCAAACACAUCCUGGUUAUUGAUGCGGAGACGAGGAGGCCGGUCAAUACCCUCAGGG